GGAGCAGUGCUGAUAAGGAUAACGUGUGCUGCCACCAGUCAGGAAAUCUGCAUUACAAACAAGUGGAAAAGAAAACAGUUCUGUAGCUGCAGCAGGGCUUUCAUAUCACCCUCCGGAGAAACUGGGGCAAGCUGUCUGUCACUGGGGGAUAAGAGGCUGGAAUGUCCCCUUGGCAGAGACCCUGCAAAACAGGCAAGAGUAGCUUUCCCAGCUUGCUGGUUGGAGAGUCCAGCAUGUUGCUAAGGCAGCCCCUUCAGAUGGCGCUGGGAAGGCAGAGGGUUAGCAUGGCUGCAACAAUCAGACCUCAGGAACAUUACAGAUUUGUGCAUUUAAAAUCUCAUUCCUGAAAACCUUCCUUUCCCUAGGGGAUGUCUCAGGAAUGGUGAGAUUGGUGCCCAGGGAACAAGGCCCAUGAAAGAGGCUACUUUCAGAAUAGUGACCCUAAAUCCAUCCAUGUUUGAGGCUCCCAAACUCUCCCUCAAGAGAUUAAAGUAUUUGGGGCAAGGUUCUUUAAGGUACCAACCCUGAGAUACCAGCCUGCAGUUUGGUCUUGGGUAAGUCUCUUAAUUGCUGUACCACUUGGCCACCUUAGAAGCAAAACAGAGAUGAUAGCAGUACCUCCAUCAUAGCAGUGCAGAGCAAAUAAACACCUCUUAAUUUGCAGGUCUUCUCAUGGGAGAUGUUAUCAGAAGGCAAAGUGGUCUUGCUCCUGCUUACCUCAUCCUGUUUCAGGUUCCUUCUUCUGGUGCCGUGCUGUGACCUGGGACAUUCCAGGGUUGGAGGAGAGCACCAUUGAACAACAGCAUCUUUGGGUUGCCUUCUUCUGCUGGGAGCAUCAUGAAUCACUCGAAGCCAUCCAAGGCAGAGGGAGACUGGUCCAGAUGCUGGGAGCUGGACAGACAGGGUAUCAAGAGAACAGAAGCCAGGCUCAGCCAUGGGCUGCAGAACUUAGAGGAAACACGAGUCCAGCAGAUGAACUCAAUGGUCAAAGAGCAGAGGCGGAUUCAGAAAGACCUGGUGAGGCUGCAGCAAGGCAAAUCCAGGAAGGGAGCUCAUUUGAUUGCAGAUUUCCCAAGGGCAGCUGGUAAAAAAGCAACUCUACCCACUGUUUCUUCUUCGAUAGGAGAGCACCAGAGCAGCACCGAGGGUGAACGACUGAGAGUAUCAAAAGCUGCUUUGCCCAAGCCUGGUGGGCUCACCUUGGUGGCUGAAUCAACCUUGCAACAUCAGACAGGCAACAGUGACAUCAUGGAUGGUGCAGGACAGCUGUCCUCCUGGAAACAUGGACCAGUCCACACAGCCACCAGGGCCAAAGCCAGAAGCUCCCUCACAGACAUCAACCUCUCUGAUGUCAGGCACUCUAUUGCCCAGCGGCUGAGUGUUUCUGCUAUGCCAGCAGAGCAAGAUAAAGCAAAGAGUACUGGGGAAGAGGCCACAGCAGUGCUUACUGGAAAGGCUGAGGCCAGUGACACAGUUGCCGGUGACAUGAUGCCCAAGCCCUCUACCUACACAGGGAGAUGGAAGAAUUCCUUCGCCCAUGAGAAGCGGGUCUUUGAUACAGAGGCCUUUGGCCCCGAGAGCCACUUCAGAACUAUGCACACCAGACCAAGCUUUCUUGAAUUGUAUGCUGAAGCCAGAAAAGCUCGGUAUAUCCGACACAAGGGCAUUCCAGACUCAGAGAGGGAACUCAGCCUGCAAGAGAUAUUUGGGCAUGAAGAUAAUUUAGAGCACAGCCAUCCAACGGCACAAAAGACCAGCACAGCCCUGGCUGAUUGAAUCUUGGCCUAAGGGAGGACUGUGUAAAUCAAACUGUUCUGCUGACAAGGAAAGCAAGACUAGGAGAGCAACUAAGCCCGUGUCAUAGACUUGUUCCAUCAUCUAGGCUGAUAUCUUGCACAGUACAAAAAGGUCUGAGCCUGUGUGAUGUCAACUUGAAGUAAAAUUCAACUGGCUUGUUACUUUUCCGCCUCCUUUUACAAACCACACAGCCUGUUCAUAAGACACACAAGACUGCAUUUCCUGUAUUCAGCAUUUUAACAUGUUAAAUCUUUUGCCAUAUAAAUGAUCCAUGGUAAAAUCAGAA